AUGGUGAAUUUCACAGUUGAUCAGGUUCGUGAGAUCAUGAACAAAACCAAGCAGAUUAGGAACAUGUCCGUUAUAGCACAUGUUGAUCAUGGAAAGUCAACUUUAACAGAUUCGUUGGUUUCAAAAGCUGGUAUUAUAUCUAGCAAACAUGCAGGAGAUGCUCGUUUUACAGAUACCAGGCAAGAUGAACAAGAAAGAUGUAUUACUAUCAAAUCGACAGGUAUUUCCAUGUAUUUUGAACACGAUUUGGAAGAUGGAGAAGGAAAGAAACCUUUUCUUAUUAACCUAAUUGAUUCACCAGGACAUGUUGAUUUUUCAUCAGAAGUUACAGCAGCGUUGAGAGUAACGGAUGGUGCAUUAGUUGUGGUAGAUACUAUUGAAGGUGUGUGUGUUCAAACAGAAACUGUUCUAUAUCAAGCAUUAGGUGAAAGAAUUAAACCCGUAUUGCAUGUGAACAAGGUAGACAGAGCUUUAUUAGAACUACAAAUGGAAGUAGAAGAUAUUUAUCAAACAUUUGCCAGAACAAUUGAAAGUGUAAAUGUUAUUAUUUCCACGUACACUGACAAGCUCAUGGGAGAUAUUCAAGUGUAUCCAGAAAAAGGAACAGUCUCCUUUGGAUCAGGUUUACAAGGCUGGGCAUUUACAUUAGAAACAUUUUCAAGAAUUUAUUCCAAAAAGUUUGGUAUUGAAAAAAGCAAAAUGAUGCAACGUCUAUGGGGUAACAGUUUUUAUGAUGCCAAAACGAAGAAGUGGUCAAAAAAUCAACAAGAAGGAUAUAAAAGAGGUUUCUGUCAAUUCAUUAUGGAACCAAUUCUAAAUUUAUGCCAAUCUAUUAUGAAUGAUGAUAAGGAAAAAUAUACAAAAAUGUUAACAAAUAUUGGAGUAGAAUUAAAAGGAGAUGAUAAAAUGUUAACAGGAAAACAGUUGCUAAAAAAAGCAAUGCAGUUGUGGUUACCAGCAGGAGAUACUUUACUUGAAAUGAUUGUUACUCAUUUGCCAUCCCCAGCAACAGCCCAGAAAUAUCGUGUAGAAAAUUUAUAUGAAGGUCCUAUGGAUGAUGAAGCAGCAAAUGCAAUACGUAAUUGUGAUCCCAAUGGUCCUUUAAUGAUGUAUAUAUCAAAAAUGGUUCCUACAUCUGAUAAAGGAAGAUUUUAUGCAUUUGGUCGUGUCUUUUCAGGUACUGUUGCAACCGGUCAGAAGGUUAGAAUCCAAGGUCCUCAUUAUGUACCAGGAGAAAAAACAGAUUUAUAUGAAAAGAAUAUCCAAAGAACAGUUUUAAUGAUGGGUAGAUAUACAGAACAAGUGCAAGAUGUACCAUGUGGAAAUACAUGUUGUUUGGUAGGAGUAGAUCAAUAUAUUGUAAAAUCAGGUACUAUUACAACUUUUAAAGAAGCACAUAAUAUAGCUGAUAUGAAAUAUAGUGUCUCACCAGUUGUUCGUGUCGCUGUCAAACCAAAGGAUAGUAAACAGUUACCAAAAUUAGUUGAUGGUCUUAAAAAAUUAGCAAAAUCAGAUCCAUUAGUCUUAUGUCAAACUGACGAAUCAGGAGAACACAUUAUAUCAGGUUGUGGUGAAUUACAUAUUGAAAUAUGUUUAAAAGAUUUAAAAGAUGAAUAUGCACAAAUCGAUUUUAUUGUUUCAGAUCCAGUUGUUUCAUACAGAGAAACUGUUACUGAAGAAUCUUCUAUUACGUGUUUAGGAAAAUCACCAAACAAACAUAACCGUCUUUUUAUGAAAGCUUUUCCAUUGGCAGAAGGAUUACCUGAAGAUAUUGACAAAAAUAAAGUAUCAGAUAAAGAUGAUCCUAAAGCUAGGGCAAAUUAUUUACAUAGUAAUUACCAGUGGGACAAAAACCUUGCACUCAAAAUCUGGGCAUUCGGACCUGAAACAAUUGGCCCUAAUUUAUUAACUGAUAAUACUAGUGGAAUUCAAUAUAUGAAUGAAAUAAAGGUACAUUGUGUAGCAGCAUUCCAAUGGGCAUCAAAAGAGGGAGUCUUAUGUGAAGAAAAUAUGAGAGGUUGUGAAUUCAGAAUGUUAGAUGUUCAUAUGCAUGCUGAUGCUAUUCAUAGAGGUGCUGGGCAAAUUAUGCCUGCUUGUAAGAAAUGUAUAUAUGCAUGUGAAUUAACUGCUGUACCCAGAUUAGUAGAACCCAUUUACCUUGUCGAUAUCAGUUGUCCUCAAGAUGUUGUAAGUGGUGUUUAUUCUGUAUUAAACAAAAGAAGAGGUAUUGUCAUUUCUGAAGAUCAAAAAUUAGGUACCCCAUUAUUAAAAAUACAAGCACAUCUACCUGUUGCAGAAUCAUUUGGUUUCACUUCUGCAUUAAGAGCCGCUACAUCAGGACAAGCUUUUCCCCAAUGUGUCUUUGAUCAUUGGUCUGUUCUUUAUGAUGACCCAUUUGACUCAAAUAAAAAUUCCCACAAAAUUAUUAUGAACAUCAGAGAAAGAAAGGGUAUUAAAGUCGAAAUGCCACAGUUAGACAAUUACUUGGAUAAGUUGUAA